CACGAGCCUGCCUAGUGGAGGCUUUCGCAGCGAGCAUGUACCACAGACUGUCCCAAUCAGGAAGGCGCGGUGCCUGCGCUCCUGGGGGGGGCGCCCGCUUGCUGAGCGAAACCCCAGACAGUUCAUUUAAAAGAAGUGAAAGAAGACGCACCUCUGGACUCCCGAAAGGGUUAUUCGGUCUCAGGCUGGCUAUAAAAAUGCUAUUGGCUGUUACUUGACACGGCCAAAGUACAGCCAGAAUGUCUUCUCCCUCUAUUCAGUGCAUUUGUUAUUUUGGCUGAAAGGAAGUAAGCAGCACUCCACGCUCGCAGACCGAAGAUGGAGCAACAGGAUCCAACCAAGAAGGAGGGGAGGCUGACACUUGUACUUUCACUGGCGACGCUGAUAGCGGCCUUUGGGUCAUCCUUCCAGUAUGGGUACAACGUGGCCGCCGUUAACUCCCCUGCCGAGCUCAUGAAAGCAUUUUAUAAUGAGACCUAUUUUGAACGUAACAAUAACUACAUAAAUGAGUUUUCCUUGACCUUGCUGUGGUCUGUCUCCGUGUCCAUGUUCCCCUUUGGAGGUUUCAUCGGAUCCCUCAUGGUCGGCCCCUUGGUGAAUAAACUUGGCAGGAAAGGGACCUUGCUCUUCAACAACAUCUUUUCCAUAGUUCCCGCCAUCUUAAUGGGGUGCAGUGAGGUAGCCCGGUCGUUUGAGAUGAUCAUUUUGUCCAGACUUUUGGUGGGAAUAUGUGCAGGUCUGUCUUCCAACGUUGUCCCCAUGUACUUGGGGGAGCUGGCUCCUAAAAAUCUGAGGGGGGCCCUCGGGGUGGUACCUCAGGUUUUCAUCACUGUCGGCAUUCUUGUGGCCCAGAUCUUUGGUCUUCGGAACCUCCUUGCAAACAAAGAAGGCUGGCCAAUCCUCCUCGGGCUGACUGGCAUCCCGGCGGCUCUGCAGCUCCUCUUCUUGCCCUUCUUCCCCGAGAGCCCCCGGUACCUGCUGAUCCAGAAGAAGGAUGAAGAAGCUGCCAGAAAUGCGCUGAAGAGGCUGCGAGGCUGGGACAACGUGGACUGGGAGAUGGAGGAGAUCCAGCAGGAGGACGAGGCCGAGAAGGCGGCAGGCUUCAUCUCCGUGCUGAAGCUGUUCAGCAUGAGGUCCCUGCGGUGGCAGGUCAUCUCCAUCAUCAUCCUCAUGGGCGGCCAGCAGCUGUCGGGAGUGAACGCGAUCUACUACUAUGCAGACCAGAUCUACCUGAGUGCCGGGGUGAACGAUCAUGAUGUCCAGUAUGUGACAGUGGGCACCGGGACUGUCAACGUGCUGAUGACCAUCUGUGCCGCGUUCGUGGUGGAGCUCCUGGGACGCAGGUUCCUGCUCCUUCUGGGCUUCUCUGUCUGCUUCACGGCCUGCUGCGUGCUGACGGUCGCUCUGGCCCUGCAGGACACAAUAUCCUGGAUGCCUUAUGUCAGCAUUGCCUGUGUCAUCUGCUACGUCGUAGGACACGCCCUUGGGCCCAGUCCCAUCCCCGCGCUGCUCAUCACGGAGAUCUUCCUGCAGUCCUCCCGGCCGUCGGCCUUCAUGGUGGGCGGCAGUGUCCACUGGCUUUCCAACUUUACUGUGGGCUUGAUCUUCCCGUUCAUUCAGGUGGGCCUUGGAGCUUACAGCUUCAUCAUUUUUGCUGUGAUAUGUCUCCUCACCACCAUCUACAUCUUCCUGGUUGUCCCCGAGACCAAGGCCAAGACAUUCAUGGAAAUCAAUCAGAUUUUCACCAAGAUGAAUAAGGUGUCAGAGGUGCACCCAGAAAAGGAGGAACUAAAGGACUUCCCGCUCUCUACUUUGGGGCAGUAACUCCAGAAGAGGAGCCUGCCAAGCGGGUCUGUGUGGAGCUUCCCUCUGGGCUUUUAUUCCUGACCAGUAGUUGUCUGCGAGCAUCCAGAAUGAGGACCAGCCCAGGGUGGAAUGCAGGCCCCACUGGGACUGUCCAAAGGGCUUCUGUGGUGUCUCUCUCCAGACUGACCCACCAUUCCCGAUUCACUGUGAGCAGGUGCGUCUAGCUGUGCUGGGCUAGCCCUGGGGUAGUAGCUCCCGAUAACAGCUGCUCUUACAAAGAAAAUCAUCACUACAGUGAUGGGAUGGAAGGAACUGCCUCUGGCCAGAGAAAGGAACUCUUCUGCAAUCCCAUGGGUCUUCUCAGGGCCAGAGGCCUGUAUUCAGAGGGAUCCUUCCUCUUGCCAGGUCCAUCUUCAGAAAUACCAGUCCUACAAAGUGUGAUGUCUGAGAAGCUGGGGCAGGUCCCUGUGGAGACUUUAGUCAGAGAUGAUUAAUCCUGAAUUAUAUCGCUGAUGGACAAUGGCAUUGCCUCUGUAUGCUCAAUAAAACACGUAUGAUCACUUCUCACCAA